AGCAAUGAACAACACCACCACUCUCCGUCACCCUCACUCUCCCAAAUCCACCACCACUGCAACAAUGCUCGACCGCUCCGUCUCCUCCCGCCGCGCCGCCGCAGACACAGAGGCCCUUUCCGCUCUACCCUCCGACGCCGCAUCCGACGCCGUCGACGACUCCAAGACCAAACGCCAACAUAUUUCCUUGUUAGCCUCCAAGUACCUCUCACGCAUCGGCCACGUGUCGCCCUCUGUCAUCCUCUCUCUCUUCGUCUUCCUCUUCGUCGCCUCCUUGAUCUUUCACUACUAUCGUGGCCUUGUCUGUGUUUCGCCCUACGAUCCGCGUUCUCGGGGCGGACCCGGGCUCUUUCGACCCGAUGCGUUGGAAUCUGAUUUCGGAUAUCUUGGUGUUCCCUGGUGCAGAUCGAAACAGGGAAAAACGGUUGAAUGGACAUCCAAGGAUUUGCUCAAGGGUUUGGAAGAGUUUGUACCAAUAUAUGAAACUCGUCCAAUUAAGAAUAACAUGUAUGGGAUGGGUUUUGACCAUAGCUUUGGGCUUUGGUUCAUUGCUCGGCAGCUGAAACCUGAUCUAAUGAUUGAGAGUGGUGCUUUCAAGGGGCAUUCUACUUGGGUUUUGCGGCAAGCAAUGCCAGAGACCAAAAUCAUUUCCCUUUCACCUCGGCAUCCUGCAAAGUACAUACAGAAGGGACCUGCUUAUGUUGAUGGAAACUGCACGUAUUUUGCUGGAAAAGAUUUUGUGGAUUUUGGUAGUGUCAGUUGGGGGAAUGUGAUGAAGCAACAUCGGAUUUCCAAUCUCAGCCGGGUCCUAAUCUUUUUCGAUGACCAUCAAAAUGAAUUGAAAAGAGUAAAGCAGGCACUGAAGGCUGGCUUUCGGCAUCUUGUUUUCGAGGAUAAUUAUGAUACCGGAACUGGAGACCAUUAUUCUUUGAGGCAGAUAUGUGAUCAGUUUUAUAUAAAAGGAGGUGGCCAUAGCUGCUUUAGAGAUAGCGACGAAGCAAGGAUUAGAGCAAGAAGGAAGAACUUCUGGGAGAAGGCAGUGGAUGUAGAAGAACUAUGUGGACCAGACGAAACCUGGUGGGGUGUUAGAGGAGAGAUGCGAGAUAACUUCAACCACAGUAACAAGCCAAUCUCUUAUAUGGAACAUUUUCAGAACAGCCGUUUUAUUGAAUCAGUUCUAGAUGUUUAUUGGGAGCUCCCUCCAGUGGCCGGUCCUUCCCUGACUCACCAAACACGAUAUGAUCCUGCCCGUGCGUCCAGUCCAAUCGUUGAAGAUGGCCGCUUUGGCUUGUUUCAGCGACUUGGUUUAGGUAGGCUUGAGAACUCUGUAUUUAAUGGAUAUACCCAGAUGGUGUAUCUGCAAAUUUCUGAACAAGAAUCAUAGAAGAACCAUGAGCAAUAGAUGAGGAUGUUUUUUUAGCUUCCACUUCACAGAAAAUUUAGGUUUGUUAAUAUUGAUGUAUUUUGCUUGGUCAUAGCUAGCCGCUGAGAAUUAUUGGUAUCAGUUAUUAUUUCUAUUGUUCAUUAAAUUUAUUUA